CGAGGCAGCUGCUUCAUGCGGGAAACAUGCGGCGUACGACCUUGUUCUUCAUCUCGUCCUCACCUCGCCUUCCUUCCCAUCGGUGGCCCGAGGACAGGCCAUUAUCUUUCUCUCCACCUGUAAUCUGGCACCUUCGCUAGUCCGACGUAUCUCCUCUCGAGCUCGAGAGGCGCUCGCACUUGACUUCGUCAGGACCUCAUCGGAAGGCGCAAUGUCUGACGCCGUCGGGAAGUGGGCAGCGGGGACACAUUAUGGCCCUGUGCUCACCCAAACCGAUUUGUACCUCCUCAACACCGAUCUCCAACUCAACCCGAUCCUCACAAACAGCAACUCCGAUUUCCACCUCGUCUUCAACGUCUCCACAGGGCAGACCGGCGGAUUCAACCCCGACGCGAGGGACAGAGAUUUGCCGUUCACGGCGAAAGACGAACCCGCGACGUUACCCCGCGUGACGGAGCUCAUCCUGAUUAGCAACCUCACGCCAUGGUGCACCAUCGUCAAGAAUGAGCGAGGUGUUACUUUGAGCGACGUAUGCACCACUAUAUGGAAGGAUUACACGGAAAACUUCGUUACCGACGGCGAAUACGCGGCAUUGCCACCACGCUUGCAAGAGCAUGUAAGACGCACGGCUGCGCACAAUCAAGGUGGAUGGAGCGGAUUCUACACGCCGGCACCACAGGUGAAUCGCUUCAAGCGAGUCGACUGGCUUCGGGAGCGCGUGUACUUCGAGGGCCUCGAUCGCAACGACAACUACGCCGUCCAACGGCUUGGCUUCAAGGCGCCGAACAUCUUCGUCAUGCAGUUCGUCUCUUGAGCGCCACGUCCUAUUUUGUAUUUCUUCUUCCUGCUAUCCUUUGUCUGUAUGCGCAUAUGAUUGUUGAUACCUUGCAAUCUCUGCUAUCUUGUAUUUCCAGGUUGCGGUGUCUUCGCUUUUGUGACCUAUGCGGUUCUAUCCCGACUGAUUACCUUGGCCGUGGUCCGAAAGGCGUCGCACUGCGGCCACGUUCCUGCGAUCCGACAUUGCCUCUGAAUAGCAAUGGAUACAUGAUAUCCC